ACAUCAUUCUCCAUUCUGGGGUAGAUCUUCCCAACCCACCGCGGCUACUUUCCACGUUUGGGCGCUAGCAUUAAAUCUCCCGGACCGUCGGGUUACAUUCUAUCGACAGGGGCUAAUGCUAAAUAUGAUUUCACAUAUAUAAGAACCAUGAGUUCCCACCUCUUUGAUUGUGCGUUGAAACCACCUAGUCUGGACAAGUUCUGCAGAUCCCAAGACGAAGAUGAUAUCCUCAAUUCUUCUGACCGGCCUUCUCCUCGCCUCUUCCGCUUCCGCUCGUCCGGCGAAGCGUGGCACCGGGGAGGUCAAGUGCCCUGUAGUACUCAGCGGGUUCGUUCCAGCAGACAAGACGCCGACGGACUUUGACUCGUACGCGACGAGCCCCUUCAACCCGGACUACAUCCGCGGCGACGAGAAGUUCUCCACGAUCCUCCAAUUCCCCGACGCCGGAAGCUCGCGUUUUGACAAUGCUAGCACCAAGUCGGUUGAGGUCACCAUCAACGACAAGUCGAUCUUCCAGAAGCAGAACGGUUUCCGCCGUGCAGGUCUACAAAUUCAGGGCGACACCAACGAAAAUGGUCCGGGAACAACGGGUGUCAGGACCCUACACUUCAGUGUUAAGCAGGAUGCUAAGCGAACCCUCAACCUCACACACGAGUAUUUGAAUGUCUGGCACGAGUCCUCCGACUACAGCGCCAACCAGUUCAACUUCCAGACCGGCACCAUCAUCGGCAAGUCCGACAGCGACAAGAACUCGUUCAAGGUUCUCAACCGCCAGAACACUCAAGUGUGGUCUACUCCCGUUGAUGCGACCGCGUGGCAAAACUUUGCCAUCACUCUUGACUUCAACAAGAACACCCUCCAAGUCUACUACUCCAAAGACGACGAACCCCUGAAGGCCGUAACCGACGCUCUCCAGAACGACAACAGCGGUGGUGGCCAGUACCAAAUCGGUCUCCUAAAGAAGCCGACAGGCACCUCCGACGUCGUGAACUCGGGUUUCCAAGAGACGGGUAUUAACGAGGGGCAAAUCUACGGCGGCAUUUUCCUCGAGGACAGCGCCGAUGGCUGCGUUUCCCUGUAGAAAAGUAGCGUUACACUAACAGAAAUUCCACAACUAAGUAGUGAAGUCUUCUCAAUGUACAUAUUAUAGAAGCACAUAUAUAUCACAAAUAGCAUUAAGACAUAAAACAUUAUGCAG